AUGCCAUUGAUUGUUGUCACGGGACAUCCAAGCUCCGGAAAAUCUACGAUAGUAGAUAGGCUAUCCGAAAAGUUUGAAGCAGCGGGUGGGUGAUAUUUGAAAAAGCUGUCAUCUGUGACAAAAAAUUUUUCAGGAAAAGAAGUGUUCGUUGUUCGUGACGAAAACUAUGGAUCAUUCGACCGAGAAUGCUAUGAUAGUUCGAACAAGGAGAAGGAUUUGAGGUCGUGGAUUCGAUCAGAAGUUCAACAAAACUUGACGAAGAAUAAAGUUGUUAUCUGUGAUGCUUUAAAUUAUAUUAAAGGUUUGAAUUCAAUUUUAUUCACGAAAAAUACGCUUUUUUCCAGGUUAUCGAUACGAGUUGUUUCUCGCCGCCAAAAUGAGCAAAACGACGUAUUGCAUAAUUCAAUGCACUCCUUCAGAAGGCACAUGUCGAUGGCUCAAUGAGCGGAAGCCGGAGAGCUCGAAAUAUGCAAAUGAGCAAAUCGGGCAGCUUUUUAUGAGAUACGAGAAACCCGACACCAAGUUCCGAUGGGAGAAGCCGUUGUUCGAGAUUCGAGUAGGAACGUCGGAAAAGUUGUAUUAUCCUUAUUUCAAAACAAGUGUUUUUACUUUUCAGAGCUGUGCAGUUCCAAAGUGGCGAGGAUGGCCUAGAUGACAUGUCUAUCGACCUAGAACAUCCAUCUCCUCGAUUCACUAAUAUUAUGGACGAAGAAAUUGUUGAUUGGAUUUGCAAUGUAAGAAAAUAGACAGCAAUUCAUCAAUUUUUGCAAAAGUUUAUUUUCAGGGAACGAGUCUGACCGAAAAUCAGUCUACUCAAGUGGUCCCUCUGGCGCCUACAAACUUUCUUCAUGAACUCGAUCGAUCAACUCAAAAUGUUGUAACAGUUCUUCUGAAUGGCCAGCGAACGGCGGUGCGUGGCCAGAAUAUAGUGAUUCCUGAAGCUUCGGAAGGCGCCAAUACGAUAAAAUUUCUAAAGCCAAGGACCCUUCCUGAGUUGAAUCGAUUGCGACAUCAAUUCGUGAACAUGUCAAAGAAAGACCCAACAACUGAUAAAACCAAGAUCAUAACUAUGUUUGUUGAUUUCUUGAAUUGUAACUUGAGGUGA